AUGUCAGCGUUUACCAUACAGACAAAGACUCCUUUUCACAUCAGCGCAAAACCCGAGAAGCAGGAGCUACUUGACGAAUACAAGGGCAAGCCUCUCAAUGCGAUCAGAACACCCGCCAUCGUCAUAGAUCGCGCCCUCUUUGCGAAGAACUGCGCCCAGAUGCAUGAGAAUGCAAGACAAUGGGGCGCCAGCUUCAGAGCACAUGUCAAGUCGCACAAGACAUCAGAGGGAACCAGGCUCCAGCUUAUAUCUUCCGGCGACCAGACACACGCGAUUGUCGUCUCCACAGUCAUGGAAGCCUGCGAGGUCAUCAGAGAUGGGCUUGUCGCUGACGGCACUGUUAACGAUAUCCUCUACGGUUUGCCUGUUGCUCUUAACAAAGUACAAGAUCUGUCCUCUUUGUGGGAAGAGAUUGCCGCCUUCGAUGCCAAGUUGCGUAUUCUUAUAGACCAUCCAGACCAAGUCAAAUUCCUCGAGGCCUUCGAGAGAUCAAGGGCAAAUCCCAGAAGGUGGUCUGUCUUCAUUAAGGUGGACUGUGGACAGAAACGAGCGGGACUGGACCCAACCUCUUUGUUAUUCAAAUCACUCCUAACAACCGUCUUCUCCUCGCCUGUUAUAUCAGUCUAUGGCUUCUAUAGCCACGCAGGCAAUUCGUACGGAUCCACGUCGAUGUCAGAAGCAGCUAGUUUCUUGUCACUAGAGAUUCAAGCGGUCAACGACGCAGCAGGUUUGGCCUUGUCCAUCUUGGCAGAGCAGAAUAGGACGGGUCGACAAGAACCGUUUGUUCUCGCCAUAGGCGCGACACCGACGGCACACGCGGCCACGGCAAAGUCAAGAGCACAACUGGAGACACACCUGAAUGGUAGACUGGAGAUUCAUGCAGGUAGGCCGAGGCUCUAUCACAACGAGCACUUGAGGACAAACAUUGGCGCAGGUAAUUACCCACUUCUGGAUCUCCAGCAAUUACACACCGGCCUGGUCGAUCCCAAGCGUAUCGCGCAACGAGUCCUGGCAACGGUAAUCUCGUACUAUCCUGGCCGUGGUGAGGACGGCAAAGAUGAGGCACUGUGUGAUGCUGGGGCUAUUGCAUUGAGCAAAGAUACAGGCCCACUUGGUGGGUUUGGAGACGUCGUUGGACGGCCGUGGCGGCUGGGUCGGAUUUCUCAGGAGCAUGGAGUAUUGACACAGAAAGUGGGGGCACUAAGUGGAGGAGGAAGUCAGGAAAGGCUACAAGUGGGAGAGAUGAUUCAAAUUGUGGGCCAACAUGCUUGCUUGAUCCUAGCGGCGUAUCCAUGGUACUACGUGGUAGAUUCAGAUAUGCCGAGCAGAGGAGAGGUGGUAGAGGAUGUCUGGGUGCCAUGGAAGGGGUGGUGA